AUGGCUUACGUUGUGAAUCGCACCGGGUCGGCGUCAGAUAGUCUGCUACAUGUUCGUGGACAGCCACGCUCGCCUGUGUCAGGCGAAGUCCCCACGGACUAUGAAUCUCAGAUUCUGCUCUCGCUGUUAAAUCUACAUCAGGAUCUACUAGCAGCCGGUAGCUGCAUCGCAGGAAUCCGUCAGCUGACGUUGUACAUUGUAAACUAUAAUUCUCAAUGCCAUCAACACAACCGACACCUCCGGCGCUUCCUACGCUCCCACAGUCCUGUCGUAAACAUCAUCACUCUCCCCCACCUCGAAGAACCGACAUGGCAAUUCGCCAUCGAUUGCGAGGCUGCCAUCCGUGCUCCCACUCCUGCCCCUACCCCACGGUCACCCUCUCUCGAACAGAAGAUAUGGGAUGUUAUUAUCGUCGGCGCUGGUCUUGCCGGCUUAACAGCCGCGGAUCAACUUAGCAAAGCCGGGCUCUCAUGCCUUGUUGUCGAGGCCCGUGACCGCGUGGGAGGCCGCACAUGGAGUAUUCCGGUACCAAAUGGGAGAGGCAGCAUGGAUAUCGGUGCUUCCUGGUUGAACGAUACCAACCAAAGCCAGAUUUCCCAACUGGCCAAGCGUCUUGGAGUCGAUUUCACAGUGCAGAAUACAACUGGUAACUGCAUAGCGCAGGAUGAGACGGGUGAGAACCACGUCUUCGAAUAUGGCGGACUGCCCUUCAACAUCAAUGUCCAAAAGCACCUCAGUGAGAUCCGAGACAUCGUUGAAGCAGAAUGCCAGCAACUGGACAUCACAAAACCGCGAAAUCACACUCUUGAUGCGAUGACCUUCCUUGCCUACCUCCGUAGCCGCAACGCAAGCGAAGCUGCCAUUGCCGUUGCUUCAAUUUGGUCCCGUGCCAUGCUAGGCCAAGAGCCCCAGGAUAUCUCGGCUCUGUUUUUCCUUCACCACUGCAAGGCUGGUGGUGGACUUCUUCAAAUGCGAUCCGACCGUAUUGGUGGAGGCCAGUAUCUUCGCAUUCGCCAAGGAGCUCAGUCCAUCGCUCAGGGUCUACGAGCAUUACUCCCCUCACAAAACAUCAUCCUUUCUUCUCCUGUCAUAGCAAUAGACCAAUCACUUCCUGAUCUCGUCGUUGUCCAGACCCCCGAUCAAACACUCCGAGCGUCGAAAGUUAUCUCCACAGUGCCUAGCCCGGUCAUUCGCACUAUUUCAUUCACCCCUGCACUACCGGCACGCAGGCGAUUAUUGGUAAACUCCUACACUUACGGCUAUUUCACGAAGGCGAUGCUAGUUUUCAAGCAUCCCUUCUGGGUCGAGAAGGGAUUCUGCGGACUUGCCCAGUCUUUCACAGGUCCAGCCUCUAUUAUUCGGGACUGCAGUGUUCCUGAGGACGGUUGUUGGAUCCUGACCUGCUUCCUGUCUGGUGACCUUGGUCGCGCUUGGUCGCAGCUGAGCGAGACGGCUCAGAUAAAAUCUCUGCUAGACCAGGUGGGGCAGCUAUAUAGCGACAGGGAACGCGUUUGCAAUGAGUACAUUACUACUGUCUGGCAUGACUGGACCACAGAGCAAUACUCUGGCUUUGGCUGUCCCUGUCCUUCUUUGCCUCCCGGCGUUUUGUCUGCCGUGGGAGACGUCGUGCGCGAGCCAUUCUUGAAUGUUCACUUCUCCGGCACGGAAACUGCUAUCGAGUGGAAAGGCUUCAUGGAAGGUGCGGUCCGUAGUGGUGAACGAGCUGCGACCGAGGUGUCGAAACUGUUGCUGCUCCAUUCUUAA